GAUAAUGUACCAGAUGAUAAAAGAAGAAAAACCAACAUUCGACUGGCUGAUAUUUGUGAGACCAAAAUUAAAGUAAUAUGGUCUGUUUUGUCUAAAAUGGUUCAAAUUGAACAGUUUAAAAAUUCUUCAGAUCACAUAUAUACUUUAAGUAAAAGCAAUAUAAAUAAACACUCAAGUAUCAUUCGUACUUUGGUCACAAAUAAGGCCAUCAAGAAUUAUGCAUCAGUAGCAAUUACCAAUGCAGUUAGAAAGUUUGCAAAAAAUGAUUUAGGUUAA